ACCUGGAAGUAAACCGGGUAACCAUGGCCCAGUCCAAACCCCUUCUCGUGGUCGCCAUUGAUAUCGGUACAACGUAUUCUGGCUACGCCUUCUCCUUCCAACACGAGUUUCUGGCUGAUAAACUCAAGAUUACAACCAACAAGGUUUGGUCAGAUGGGGGCAACCACCUUCAGACCUCGUACAAAACCCCGACAUCUGUACUGUUCGACCCGGAUGGACAUUUUCACAGUUUCGGAUAUGAAGCGGAGACAAAGUACUCGCAAGUCGCCAAAAACAAGGAGGAGAAAAACUGGUUGUUAUUCCGUCAAUUUAAGAUGAACCUCUACAAAUCUGAGAUAAGUGAGACUAUGGAGCUGGAGUCGGUGUCCGGACAACGGUUGAAUGCCCUUAGUGUAUUUGCCAUGUCAAUACUGUACCUUAAGGAGCAUUUUAGACGAAGCCUUCAGCAGCAAGUGGCUGACUCGGAGAUCCAGUACGUGCUGACGGUACCUGCUAUAUGGGACGAGGACGCCAAGCAGUUCAUGAGGAAAGCCGCUCUGCAGUCUGGCAUACUUGGAGAUCAACUGGCUAUUGCACUGGAACCGGAAGCGGCCUCCAUUUUCUGUCAGUCCUUAUUAGCGAACAGCCGAUCCGAUGACGAAUUCUGUGACGCAGACGACAUCUCGGGAAUUGGAUCUCGCUACAUUGUUGUGGACGCUGGAGGUGGUACUGUGGACACGACAGUGCACGAGGUGAUGCUAAGCGGGGAUCUCAAAGAACUACACAAAGCCAGCGGGGGAGGUUGGGGCGGCACUCAGGUAGACGACCAAUUCACCGAUCUGUUGCUCAAGAUUUUUACCGUAAAGGUGAUGAAGGAGUUCGGCAAAAACCACAAAUCGGAUUGGCUGGAACUUGAGAAAGAAUUUGAAAUCAAUAAACGGAGGAUAUCUAGUAAUGAUGAACAGAAAUUCACCUUCCGGUUGCCGGCUUCUCUACAUGAAACGUUCAACUUUCACAGCAAGUGCUCGUUAGAGGACCAAGUGGCUGAGUCUGGGUUAUCCAGAGAUGUUCGGUUUACAGGUGACAAGAUUAGAAUCAGCGGUAAAGUGAUGCAGUCUUUGAUGAAACCAACCAUUCAGAAAAUUAUCACUCAUGUAGAAACACUAAUGGCGGAUCCCAAGUGUAGAGGAAUUUCCCACAUCUUACUGGUGGGUGGGUUUUCCGAAUCGCCACUUCUCCAAGAGGAGUUCAGGAAAAACUUCCGGUCUGUGACUGUGGUCACUCCUCUAGACGCCGUCCUGUCUGUGGUGAAAGGAGCGGUGAUAUUCGGCCAUCAGCCGGGCGCCAUUGGAAUCCGCCUUGCCGCAUUUACUUACGGAAAAAGGACAUCAAGAGUUUUUAUUGAUGGUGAACAUGCCCCUGAGAAGUUAUAUAUAGCUGAAGGUAAAAGGUUAUGCGGUGAUAUUUUCGCUAGGUUUGUUAAGAUGGACGAAGAAGUGCCAUACGGAAUGGAAACGCCGGAAAAGAUCUCUGUCCCCGUUUACACUGGUCAGACAAGAAUGACCAUACAGGUGUUUAAGUCGACGAAGAUGAAACCAAAGUACACAACUGACUCUUCUUGCUUUAAAUUGGGUAGUUUCACAGUAGACAUGCCGGAUUUGACUGGAGAGAAGCACCGUGAAGUCGGAGUGAAGUUUAUAGUUGGCGGCACAGAGCUCAAGGUGAAGGCUCACGAGAAGACGACCGGGAAGAUUUUCGAUGCUACCUUUAACUUUGUGACACAGUAAACAAACUAUGUGGACGAUAAAUGUUUCGUCGAUCACCAAAAAGAUUGAAAACAUGUGGAUUUGAGUUUGCCUCCAAAAAGCGGGCCUCAUCUUGUCGCCUGAAAAUGUGGGUUUUGGAACAUUGACUGUUGUGGUGUAGUAGGAACCUUGAAGAGACGGUGUAUAUUUAAAUAUUUUGAAGUUUACAAAAAACGCACGAGUAUAAUAACAUAAUUUGAACCAAUUACUUCAAUGAAUAAAUUGUAUAAUUUAAAUCAAUGGAAAGAAAACAUCAUUUUAAGUUUUAAAACAGCAUGUCGUUGUUCAUACAUGUGCAGUUCUCAUAAGCACAGAAAUUGUUGUAGUCACAUCUUAUAGAUAGGAUAGAGCAUCGUUGAUAUCGGACGACAAUUGUCAUUUGAGUUCACCACGAUGUGUAAUUUCUGUUUCAUGCCAAACGUAUC